AUGGAUAGCUCUCUCGCAGUUACUCGGCACGGAUCACUCUCUUGCGGUUACUCGUCACGGAUCUCUCUCUUGCGGUUACUCGUCACGGAUCGCUCUCUCGCAGUUACUCGGCUUGGAUCGCUCUUUCACAGUCACUCGGAUUGCUCGCAAGUCUCGAGCAUGAGUUUGUCGAUUGACGCUUCAUCCAUGGCAACUUGCUCCGGUGGUUCAGAACACUGUCCUCACAGAUCGUUCGCGCAACCAUCCCGGAGUAAGAAGUGUGAUCGGAAUCAGAAGUAUGUCGAUGACAGCUCGCCCGAGACGGUCCGUCUAUGGCACUUUCAUCUAUGGCAACCUAACCAUGACGACCCGGUCAUGACAAUCGUCUACGACAUGGGGAACGAAAGUUAUAGAGAAAACAAGCUUUACAAGUCUCCCACAAAUCUUGCUACUCCUGCUCGUAUUCCUGGUGGUGCUUACCGUGGAGCUGCUGAUAUGAUGAUUUGCAUCUUUUCAUGCAUGGACACCGUUGGCGGUGUAAGAUUGCCUUCCAGAUACUGUGGGGUUCUUGGAUUCAAAUCUUCCCAUGGGACUAUUUCAAACAAAGGAAUCAUGCCAGUAUCUUAUAGUCUCGACUCUUGA